CACUGAGCUGCAAAAAUCAAGCAGUGGAUUGUGGGUUAAAAGGAGUUUUCUUUGUGCUAAGUUUUCGUUAAAUUUAUCUGUUAUCUAUCCAAUUUGUCGUAUUUAAUGCCUUAUUGAAUGUCUUAAAUUGUUGGCACGUUACUUGUUUAAAAAAAUUUGACACAUUUCCAGAAGAUUCGGAAAGGUAUAGAAAACACUUUCCUGAGAGCCCGCGGUUUAAUCUGCUGUACAACACAGACAGGUGUUUUUGAAAGCGUUGGAAAACACGACACAGACAUGAACGAAGACAUAGAAGAUGACGGAGGGGAAAUUCAAACAUUUCUUCAUCAACAUCACGCUGGCUGCGUCUUAUCCAGGCUUCACGAUCUGCGGGAAAGAGAAGAACUUUGUGAUGUUACACUUGUGGUGGAGGGAAGAGCCAUACAGGCUCACAGAGCUGUGUUGGCGGCGUCUAGUCAAUACUUCAACGCCAUGUUUACAGCUAAGAUGAGUGAAAGAAAUCAGGCGACGGUGGAGAUCAAGGGGAUUGAUUUUGUGUCAGCAGAAACUCUCAUAAACUUUGCCUACACAUCACAACUCACAAUCACUGACUCCAGAGUUCAAAAUCUAUUUCUGGCUGCAGAUCUGCUUCAGUUCAAAUGGGUUAAAGACUCUUGCAUUCACUUUAUCAUGCAGCAAAUAGACAUCACAAACUGUCUGGGUGUACGAGCACUUGCUGAAAGACAUUCCUGCAAGGCCAUGUAUGAAGCUGCCACACGUUUUGUUACUGAGAACUUUCUGAAAGUCUCUCAAACUGAAGAUUUUCAUAAUCUGAACCUUAAUGAAGUGCUUGAGUUAGUGAAGAGAGAUGAUGUGAAUGUGUCUGAUGAAAUAGAAAUAUUUAAAGCAUGCAUGGGAUGGAUUGAAUACAACACUGUGAGCAGGAAGCAACACCUUGCUGAAUUUUUAAAGGCAAUGAGGCUGCCUUUUAUUCCUGUGAAAAAUCUUCAGAAACAUGUGAGUGGACAUGAUUUGGUGAAACAUGAUGUUUUUAGCAGGGACAUAGUUGAGGAAGCAGCAACAUUUCAUUUUGAGCAUGCUGGGAUGAAAAUGAGAGACUCAUAUGCUGAAACUGUGUACAUACUUGGAGGAGAAACAUCAUUCAUGAAAGAAGUAAAGACUGUUGAAAGAUUUAAUCCAGAGAGUACACAAUGGGAGGGAGUGAAGUCUAUGACUGAAGCACGAGCAUCAUUCACUGUGGCUACCUUAGAGGGUAAGUUGUAUGUUAUAGGAGGUUAUCGUCGUGGAAGGAAGCUGAACUCCAUGGAGUGUUAUGAUCCAGCACAGAAUGGCUGGGUCAGUUUACAGCCAAUGAGCAAGUGUCAAGGUGAUGUGCGUGCUGCAGUACUUGAUGGCUUUAUUUACGUGGCUGGAGGAUCCAGUGAAGGUCUGCUGACAUGCAGCUAUGUGGAGCGGUAUUCACCCUUUGGGGAAGGAUGGCAAGUGGUUGCUAGUAUGCAUCGUCAAAGACGUCGCUUUGCUCUUGCUGUGCUUGACACUCAUAUCUAUGCAGUUGGAGGAUUUGAUGACAGCAGAGGGGAUCUUAAACAUGUGGAAUAUUAUGAUGGCAGCACAAAUACAUGGACAGAAGUGAAGCCUAUGCAUUGUUGUCGUUAUGAUUUUGGUGCAGUGUCAUUGUCUGGUUUUCUUUAUGCUGUAGGUGGUGCCAAUGGCAGGAGAGGUUCAUUGAAUACUGUUGAACGUUUUGAUCCAACUAUGAAUGAAUGGUCAAUGGUUGCCCCUUUGAAGCAUUGUAGGGGAGGUGUGUCAGUAGCUGUGCACUGUGGAAAGAUUUUUGCAAUGAAUGGAAUGAAUGAAUACAUGUCAAUUGUUGAUUCUACAGAGUGCUACAAUGAAGUACAAGAUAAAUGGAGCAGCUUAGCUGCUUGUACACACACAGCAAGAUUCAGUGCAGCAGCCAUUGUCUACCCUCCUGUAAUUCAGCUGCAUGUUAAAAGUCUCCAUGGGUCAGCAUGUCAUGAACAACAAUAAGAACACUCAUACUGGAUAAGAUCAAUCUGAGGUCCACCAUGGCUGCCAGGAUAUUAAUACCAUUCAUGAUAAAUAAAGUUUGCUGAAAAGAGUUGCUUAAAAUCUGUCAAUCCUGUGUAGUAAUAAUUCAAUUACCUAGUAAGUGGAGUUGAGAAUAAAAGGAAAAUUAAUUGCCACAAUAAAUAGACAAAAAGCUUGUUUUCACUGGAUACAUUAGCACUAUCAUCUAAUCAGAGUUUUCAACAUCCAGAUAAUGGCUUGUAGUUCAGAGUUGUUGGAGUAAAGUGUAAAUAACUAGAAACCUAAGGAGAAGCACAUAGAUCAAAACAUUUUGACCAGUAUGCUUUUAAUUGCUUGACAAGGUUCUUUCAAACUUCUCAAGAAUAUCAGAUGUUUGUUUAGAAAUGUCAAGAGAUUCAAAAAAUUAAUUUAGGCAUUUAGUCUACUCUAGUCAUUCUAAACCGAGCCUGGCUGCCAGGCAUUUAGUUACAGUGAAUAUUAUUACUGAUAAUCACCUAAAAUGACGCCCGAAAAAGGUUAACUUCAUUUCUUUAUUUUUUAGAGUAUACUAAAAUCUACCCACAUUUGUGGGUAACUUUUUAAAGCUAACUUUCAAGCUACACUUCUUUGCGGAUGUUAGAAAUUAUUGUGAAGAACGAAAAAUACCGCUUUUAAUUAACGUUAACAUAAAAAUUAUAAAGAAACUGAGAUAACAACCUUAGAAACUUAGGUAGCGACUUGUUGGAUUUUUGGCAAUUUUUAGCAAUUUUUGGCAUUCCACACAGCAACUUUCCAGCAGUUUAUGAGCACAAUCGGGACAGGCCUAGUCGGGGUG